AUGUCCUCUUGCCUUCACCUUCAUCUCCCUCCGUUAUCUCAACCGCUUCCGUUUUCCCGCCACAAACGCCGUUACCCUCUUCGCGCCACAAAAACCUCUUCAUCACUAACGGAACUCUCCAACACCGUCAAUGUCGUCUCCCCACCUUCAAAACUCAUCUCUCAGUCACGCUCACCGGAGUUUUGGAUCGAUUCCCUCCGCUCCAAAGUCCGAUCAAACCUCCUCCGCGAAGCCGUCUCAACUUACAUUGACAUGAUCGUUCUCGGCAUAAAGCCAGACAACUUCGCCUUCCCGGCUCUACUAAAAGCCGUCGCCGACCUAAACGACGUCGUUUUAGGGAAACAGAUCCACGCGCACGUGUUUAAAUUCGGAUACGGAGCUGACUCCGUAACCGUCGCGAACACGCUCGUGAAUUUCUAUAGAAAAUGCGGAGAUUUUAGUGCUGUCUGCAAGGUGUUCGACAGAAUUCCCGAGAGAAACCAAGUCUCUUGGAACUCGUUGAUUUCUUCGUUGUGUAGCUUCGAGAAGUGGGAGAUGGCGUUGGAGGCGUUUCGUUGUAUGUUGGAUGAUGACGUGGCGCCGAGUUCGUUUACUUUGGUGAGUGUAGCUAUGGCUUGUUCGAAUUUGCGUGAGGGGUUGUUGUUUGGUAAGGAGGUUCAUGGGUAUAGUUUGAGGAGAGGUGUGUUGAAUUCGUUUAUGGUGAAUGCUUUGGUGGCUAUGUAUGGUAAAUUGGGGAAGUUGGGGUGUUGUAAAGUUUUGCUUGGGGGUUUUGGAGGUCGUGAUUUGGUGACGUGGAACACUUUGUUGAGCUCUUUGUGUCAGAACGAGGAGUUUGUUGAGGCGUUGGGGUAUUUGAGAGAGAUGGUGUUGGAAGGUGUUGAGUCUGAUGGGUUUACUAUUUCGAGUGUGCUUCCUGUUUGUUCACAUUUGGAGUUGUUGAGGACGGGGAAGGAGAUUCAUGGGUAUGGUUUGAAGAAUGGGGCUUUGGAUGAGAAUUCUUUUGUUGGGAGUGCUUUGGUUGAUAUGUAUUGUAAUUGUAAGCGAGUGGUGAGUGCUCGUCGUGUGUUUGAUGGGAUUUUUGAUAGAAAGAUUGGUCUUUGGAAUGCUAUGAUCGCUGGAUAUGCGCAGAAUGAGUAUGAUGAGGAAGCGUUGUCUUUGUUUAUUGAAAUGGAAGAAAGUUUUGGGGUUUUAGCUAACACGACCACAAUGGCAAGUGUUGUACCUUCUUGUGUUCGUUCUAAUGCAUUUUCUAGAAAAGAAGCUAUCCAUGGUUUUGUCUUGAAGAGAGGUCUAGGAGAAGAUAGGUUUGUGCAGAACGCAUUGAUGGAUAUGUAUUCUAGGCUGGGAAAGAUCGAUAUCGCAGAGAUGAUAUUUAGUAAAUUGGAAGAUAAAGAUUUAGUUACAUGGAACACGAUGAUUACAGGUUAUGUGUUCUCAGAAUGUCAUGAGGAUGCUCUUCGUGUGCUACACAAGAUGCAAAACUUUGAAAGAAAAGCUGAUCUGAAACCUAACUCCAUCACUCUGAUGACAAUCCUCCCUAGUUGUGCUGCACUGUCAGCAUUAGCAAAGGGGAAAGAGAUCCAUGCUUACUCCAUCAAGAACAAUUUGGCAACUAGUGUGGCUGUAGGAAGCGCUUUAGUUGACAUGUACGCAAAAUGUGGCUGCCUCCACAACGCUAGAAAAGUGUUUGAUCAGAUUCCAAUAAAAAACGUCAUAACCUGGAAUGUCAUCAUAAUGGCUUAUGGGAUGCAUGGAAACGGGCAAGACGCCAUAGAUCUGCUCAAAAUGAUGAUGGUUCAGAAAGUAAAACCAAACGAGGUUACAUUCAUCUCAGUGUUUGCAGCUUGUAGCCACUCAGGGAUGGUUGAUGAAGGAAUGAGAAUAUUCUACAAUAUGCAAAACGAAUACGGUGUUGAACCUAGCUCAGAUCACUAUGCAUGUGUUGUAGAUUUGCUUGGAAGAGCUGGUAGAGUUGAAGAAGCAUAUCAGCUCAUCAACACGAUCCCUCUUUAUUUCGACAAAGCUGGAGCUUGGAGUAGCCUCCUAGGUGCUUGUAGGAUUCACAAUAACCUAGAAAUUGGAGAAAUAGCUGCUCAGAAUCUCAUUCAGCUUGAACCAGACGUAGCUAGUCACUAUGUGCUACUUGCUAAUAUCUACUCAUCAGCAGGUCUAUGGGAGAAAGCAACAGAGGUAAGGAGAAAAAUGAAAGUGAAAGGCGUGAGAAAAGAACCUGGAUGUAGCUGGAUCGAGCAUGGAGAUGAAGUACAUAAGUUCAUAGCUGGUGACUCGUCUCACCCCCAAAGCGAAAAGCUCCAUGGAUAUCUGGAGACCUUGUGGGAGAAAAUGAGAGAACAAGGGUAUGUACCUGACACGUCUUGUGUGCUUCACAAUGUAGAAGAAGAUGAGAAAGAGGUUUUGCUAUGUGGACACAGUGAGAAGCUAGCGAUUGCGUUUGGGAUACUCAACACAUCACCGGGUACUGUUAUAAGAGUGGCUAAAAACCUCAGGGUUUGUAAUGACUGUCAUCAAGCCACAAAGUUUAUCUCAAAGAUUGUUGAUAGAGAGAUCAUAUUGAGAGAUGUUAGGAGGUUUCAUCAUUUUAAGCAUGGAACUUGCUCCUGUGGAGACUAUUGGUGAAACAUGAAAGACAUGAUGCAUCAAAAUUUCUCCCGCUGUAUAAUUUUGUAAGUGUUGAUUCUUGUAUAAUUCGCUGUACCAUAAAAAAGCUGCUUAUUUUUUGCUGAGAAAGCAAUGACCGAACGUUAAGAUUAA